AUGGAUCGGAUCAGAUGGAUUAUGUCUUCAUUGCUGAUGCUGCAGGUUCAGUUCAGGGAUAACCUUUACAUUUCUCUCUUUUUCUCAGCAGCAGCAGCUGGGACGUAUUCCUCCUCCACUGUCAGAGUUGGAGAUGAAGUCACUUUGUCUUGUUUGAAUGUGACAGAUGAUCAGGAUCAGUGUGACAGUACUGAAUGGCUCUUCACUGGUUCAGGGAACAGAGUAACGCUGUUUGAACACGGGAGGAUUCAGGAAGAAGCCAAAGCUAAAUCAGACAGACUGAGAGUUACAGAGAAAUGUUCUCUGGUCAUAAAGAAUGUCGCAGAUGAAGAUAUUGGUCGGUAUAUCUGCAAACAGUUCAGAUCAGGAGAACUAGAUGGUGAAUGCACAGUGGUUUAUCUGUCUGUUGUUACCAUGACUGAACAGAAGAACGAUGAUACGGUCACCUUGUUCUGCUCCGUGCUGACAUAUGGUGGGUGUGUACACACAGUGAAAUGGCUGUGUGAAGGCAAUAAGACUGACAUGAAGACGACACAGCUUGACUGUUCAGGCACUGUGACAUUUACAACAUCUCACCUUCAUCAGAAGUCAGAGCAUUACGAGUUAUUGAAAUGCGAAGUAACACAUGAUCAAGAUGUGCAGCUCUCCAGCUUCAUCCGUCUUCAGUCCUCCGGUGAGAAACCCGGUGAUGAUCCAACAACUACAAUAUCUCAGACUACCAAUUAAUCACCAAUGACAAGUAGUAGGUAACUGAAGAGAACAGAACUACAUUAACAGUCAGAAAAAGACAUACAGGCACAAGAGACUUUGUUCAUUCAGACAUUAGAGGUAUAGAGACAGCACAAGAACACGCUUACAAGUAGCUCGUCAUCUUAACACCUCGGACUAUAUUUAACACUUCUAACUUCCUGUUUCAGGCAGGUGGAGGAUCAUCGUCGUGUCUCUGGGUUUAGCAGCACUCAUAACAAGUGUUGUGGUGGUCAAUGUGGAC